AUGGAAAGAGGGAGGCGACAGAGGAGGUGGGACUUCCCUCAUCCUGGUCGCCCCUCACUCAUUCUACUUACCACUUCGAAUAUGUUCAGCUCCAAAGAGUUCGUGUUCUGCUUACUACCUCUAAUCACAGCUGCUUCCUCUUACAUCGAAAAUAGUAUCGUAGGCACUCCAAAAGUGAUGUGUGAAGAAAACGAUUUGGCGCUCGAUGUGGUUACGGAGAAACCAUUUCAAGGCAAUAUUUUUGUAAAGGGACGAGCGAAAGACAAGUCAUGUCGUCAAUCAUACGCCAAUAAUGGUACAAACUCCUAUUCUUUACCGCUCGGAAAAUGCGGGAUGCAAAGGCUGCGAUCGGCAAAUCCACGCGGAGUGAACUUUGUGGUCACAGUACUGGUCUCAUUUCAUCCAGCUGGCUUCAUCACGAAAAAUGAUCGUGCAUUUCAUGUGAAGUGCUUUUACAUGGAGCCAGAUUCUAUAGUUACACAGUCGAUUGAUGUAAGUAGCCUACCCACAACCGAACUGAGCGAUGCCAUGCAAAUGCCGGUAUGCGAAUAUUCGGUCCGUCGGGACUCACCAAACGGGCCCACACUAACGUUCGCCAAUGUUGGAGAGACCGUAUACCAUGUUUGGGAAUGCAACCCAACCGAUAUGGGUAUGCUGGUGAAGAAAUGUUUUGUUACGGAUGGAGAUGGAGAAGAUCAUGCCGUCAUAGAUUACGACGGCUGUUCUACGGAUGUCUCCUUGCUCAGUGAGCUUGUUUAUGAUCAGAAUCUGAUGAGAGCACAUGCCACAAGUCAGGUAUUCAAAUAUGCGGAUUCAAAUCAAUUAUACUUCACUUGCCAAAUCCGACUAUGUCAACGACAAAUGGGAAUGUGUCAAGAUAUCACGCCUCCAUCAUGUGGUGUAAGUCGCCCUAACCGAACACGACGAGCAGUUUCACGUACACAAGAUCCAGAGAUUGACGUAGCAACGAAAGAGAUGCUGGUACUUGACUCGGAAGAACGGCGUCAGAUGGGCUCAAGCCCUUUGUGCGUUCCGAAGAUAACGCUGCCUUUGAUACCUCUAGUGCUCAUCACUGUUUCAGCGGUAUCCGUCUCCGCAACACUUUUGAUCGUUGGACGAAAACGGGACAAGUUGCAUUACCAGCCAUAA